GACGGGGAGAUCAGUGUGAUCGUGGCCGUCUGAGGUGAAAUGAGAAACACUGGGCUUGAAGAAAUCUUUUAUCUUCUCAGCCCUAACAUGGUUUCUGAAGCGGUCCCCUAGUUUCCAUAAUGUAGAUAGCUGGGCAUUUGUUUGCAGGAGACACAGUAAAUGAGGUUGCUGGAGAUACAGGAUGUUGUCUGGGUGAUCUGGAAUUAACUUGAGGGGCCCUGAAAGAGCAUGUCGUUAGAUAUGCACUUGCAGGUGAUGCAGCGAGUCCUGUUGCAGGGGAAGGUGCCUGGUGGGGGUGAUUGCUGAGUGCGGUCAAGGGAGCUGAGAACCAAUAGUUUAUGUAGAUUGGGUGGUUGGCUCUAAGAGAUGAUUGGGCGGUCAGAAAAAAGAGAAUCAAUGGAUGGGAUCGUCCUGUAAAAUGGAAUAGUUGUUAAUAAUGGUCCUGGGGGAAGAAAGUGUAUUAGAGUGGUAGGGAAGCACCAAAGGAAUGGGGUUGUGAGACUGGGAGUUCCCGAUUUUAAACAAGCAGGCAAACAGGCUUGACUUCACCGGAAGUUUUGUUGCCUCUUUCUGAAUCUUAAGAGUAAGGCCCUGUGCAUACCUGGAAAUUUAGUCUAUUCUGUGGUGUAAAUUGGAGGUGUUUACAAGUUAAUGUGUACAUUUGACUUUUUGUUGUGGUUUGAAAUGCAGUCAUCAAUGUUGAUUCUUUCUAACCCCCAAAUUAUAAACAUAGCGUUGCAGUCCCUUAUAGUGAAGGACUUUAUAAAAGAGCCUUUGUUAACUAAUAUUAAAAAUAUUACUAUGAACAUCAAAGUGGAGUAUUCAAAUUGAGCUUACAGUAUGUACCAUUUACUAAAGCUGUGAAAGGCAAGAAAAUAUGCAGUGAUUUUGAAACUACAUCCAAUCACUUUUAACUUAAUUACAAAAUCUCUGAAAUCUCAAAAUUCUCUAAGCACUUUAACAAAUACAGGACUGCAAGGGAGCCAGAGCCUAUCCCAACAAGCAAAGCACAAUGCAGGAUACUCUGUGGAUAGGAUGCCAGCCCAUCAGAGGGCACACACACAGACAGCCAUGCACAAGCUCACAGCAGGGCCAGUCAACCUCUCACUGUCUUUGGUCUGCUGGAGGAAACGGGAACACUCAGAGGAAACUCACACGAUCUCGGGGAGAACAUACAGACUCCACACAGAUAGCACCCCAGGAAUUGCACCCAGAGCCCCAGUGCAGUGAGGCAGCAGUGCGAACAACUGCAGCCCCACGCCAGGCACUGGAUUUUGUUGGCACUGGAGUGAUAUUUAUCCCCUUUUUUACAGCAAAAUUUUACCAUGACCUGAACUGAUGUUUUUCGUUGAUUUCAAAAGAGCCCUGUAUUAUUAAUAUACGUCUGAAAUCCUGAAACAUGAGAACAAAAUAUCCCAAAACCCGGCAUUUUGUCUCCUAGCCAUAAAGUUUCACAUGUUUCACGGCUUGAUGAGUAUUUGUAAGAAUUCUGUUAGCCUUCAAAAGAACUGUGUAAUUAUUAUUGGGAAUAUUGAUGUAUUUAGUCUGACCUAUGUUCAAGUAUUUCAGCCACAAUGGUCUCACUGGGAAAAUGGCAGGGAGAGCCAAGGUCUUUUGCAAAAUGCAUCCUCCUCCUCCAUCCUGCCCUUUGUGUGUGUGCUCACCAUGACCACAGCUCUUGCUUUAUGGCUCUAUAUAAGAUCAUAAAAACCCCAGCUGUACACCUACCUACGUAAGGUGUGGAGCGCAACUACAUCCCAACGACAAGGGAACAAAGUCUACUAGGGAAGUGCAGAGACACAGCCUGGUUUUGAAAGGGAGUUGUCGGGGGAAUUUCUUUCAAAUAAAGGACCUAAAAUUUUUCUAAAUGGAAAAUAUUUCAGAGACUUUGAAGGAAUUGUAUCGUAACAGCUGCCAAUGGAUUACACUUGAUUCCCUCAGUUUGGCGACGGUUUUUUAAUUGAGUGAUCUUUGUGAAGAGCUGGUUGCUGUGGACCCGCAGGGAGCUGUCCAAGGGCUAAUGGAUGUGCUCGGCGAGAAUGAAGCUCUGCAGCAGUUUUUUGAAGGACAUGACGUCACUGGGGUCCUGGAGAGUCCAGUGGUGGACACCAGCAUGCUGGAGCAGUACCUCAGCAAUGACCUGGACCCCAGCACGUUUAUGCUACCAGAGUCACCCCCUGACUCAGGAUCUGAGCCCUGCUCUCCUCCUCAGAUACCAGAUGUGCGCUCUUGUUCUUCAUGGUCGGAUCAGGUGAUGCCUCUUCCUGCCGAGUCACCCAGCACCGCGUCCUGUCUAUUUAAAGAUGGGAUUCCAGGAUGGCAGACCGGUCCACCCCAGCACCCGGACUUCAUGACGCUGACAAACAGCUGUGCCAAGCCCAGUGCCCCUCCUCUUCCCAUCCCCUGCCUCCUCGAACCCUCACCUCCUUGUCAGGGCACAGCCUUCCCCUGUGUGCCACCCAGACCCCCUUAUCUUUCAGGAUCCGUGUUCCCAGAGCCCAAAAAGAGGAAGCAUUCGGACUCUGUUGAGGGAGGAGUGGACUCACACCCCUGGAAUGAUCCAAGCAGACCGAAGAGGCCAAUUACAGUGAAUGCUGAGCCCAGUGGUGAAGCCCCCAGCUAUGACGGUGAUGGACAGAAUGGCGGCUCUUGCCCAGGAGCAUACCAGUCCUUGACCUGGGAUGUGUACCAGUCCAACCAGUGGACAGCUCUCUACAGCAGCAGCUAUAAGAGCCUCCCUGCUCCUGGCUACCAUGUUGACACGGACAAGGGGUUCAAUUAUUCUGCCACAGAUGAAGCCUUUGUAUGCCAGAAAAAGAAUCACUUCCAGGUCACAGUUCAUAUAGGGAUGGCUGGGAACCCCACAUAUGUCAAGACACCUCAAGGCGUCAAGCCCAUUGAGAACUUUUAUGUGAAGGUUUUCGGCAUCAAGGUGGAGGCCCAGAAUCACGUCAUCACCAUUGAGCAAUCGCAGUCGGAUCGUAGUAAGAAGCCAUUCCUGCCCGUCAAGGUCAGUCUUCCAGAGGACAAGAUCACCAAGGUGACACUCGGCAGGCUGCACUUCAGUGAGACCACAGCCAACAACAUGAGAAAGAAAGGCAAACCCAACCCCGACCAGAGGUACUUCAUGCUGGUUGUGGGGCUUUACGCUUCUGUGGAGGAGGAGCAGUACUUGUUGGUGGCUCACGUUUCCGAACAAAUUAUUGUCAGGGCCUCUAACCCUGGUCAGUUCGAGAACGACAGUGAGCUCCUGUGGCAGCGAGGGAACACUCCAGACGCCGUCGCCUGUCACGGCAGAGUGGGAAUCAACACAGAUUCUCCGGACGAGGCUCUGGUGGUCUGCGGGAACAUGAAAGUCAUGGGGACGGUCAUGCACCCAUCAGACAGACGCGCCAAGCAGAACAUCCAGGAGGUGGACUCAACAGAGCAACUCAAACGGAUAGCCCAGAUGAGAAUAGUGGAGUACGAUUAUAAGCCAGAGUUUGCUUUACAAAUGGGAAUUGAUCAAACCCAUGAAACAGGAAUCAUUGCCCAGGAGGUGAAGGAGCUCUUGCCUUCGGCAGUGAAAGAGGUUGGGAACGUGACUUGCGCUGAUGGAGAGAAGAUUCCCAACUUCCUCUGGGUGGAUAAGGAGCAGAUCUUCAUGGAGAACGUGGGCGCGGUAAAGCAGCUGUGUAAGCUGACAGACAACCUGGAGAACCGCAUUCAGGAGCUGGAGGUGUGGAACAGGCAGCUGGCCAAGCUGAAGCGCAUGGGGAGCCUGACCUCCACCCUCAGCGCGAAGAGUGCGCACAGGAAAGUCAGCAAAAACUGCAGUAUCCCGCCUUCGCCAAAGCCAUCCCCAAUCGCAUCUGCUAAAAAAUGCCUGUCAGAGAAAUAUGAGCAUUGCUCACGCAACAAAUUCUUCCAAGCCACCAUCAUCGCCCUAGUGUCAACAAUGGCAUUUUGUGUGAUUUCCAUCACGGCUCUCUACAUGCUCACUUUGAAUGAUGAUUAUAAUGCCUCCCCUGGGAACAGUAAUGAUUCACUUCUGAGCACACCUGCCAGCACCACCACUUUCCCAUCAUCCUUCUCUCCCCCAGCAAGUACUUCCAGCACUACACAGCCCACAAUGACGCCAAGCCCACAGCCUCCUGAUGUGGAUUUCUGCAGCCUGAUGUACUGUGAAGUUGUGUACUGCUGCCCCUCGGGACCCAGUAACCACACUGCGUCCAGCCCAGAGCCCUUCUCAGCCACAACCUCUCCAGUCUCCCACACAGACACUCCUCACACAGUUUCUUCUUCAGGUAGAGAAAACAACAACAACGUUUAUGAAAGAAUCCUCGGCCAUCUGAAAGAUGACAAAGACUGGAAAAAUACAACAAUCAAGUCACUGUUCAUUAAGGAGAACCAGCAGAUAAUUGACCAGCAGUACUGUGUGAAGGAUCACUGUGGGUCUGGGAACUACACCUAUGUCAUUCCCAUUAGCAAGUACAUGCAUGAGGACAUGCGAGUCACACUGCAGAUGAACACCACUGAAGCACUAGUCAUAUACCUGUGCAAGAGCUCCAAAGGGACAGACUGCAUGGGAUUGCAAGAAGAGAAUAGUCCUGAAAACCUAUUGAGUAACACACAGGGAUAUGAGCACAUAUGGCCCCUGCCUGUGGCGCACCUGCAUUGGAGUUCUUACCAUUUCCGAGUGGUGGUAGCGGGACAAGCCAAUUGCAACACAGACCCUAACUAUGUUGGAGUGCUGUUCACAGACUAUCACGUCUACUUCUAUCGAAGAUGCACCUGAUUACACCUCAGGUGUAUCUACACCUUUCAAACAGAGGUGUAGAGUCUUUGCUCUCUGCUGUAGGUGAACUAUGUUCGUCCAGUGACACAGCGUGUCAGUGUAUUUCUGUGAAAUAUAUGUAAAAAUAAAAGUGCACAUUGUAUGGUUUGUACAUGCAGAGCUGUGAUGAAAUGACUGUUAUGAACCAAAAAGAUUGCCACAGACAUUUUUUUGUUAUUAUGUUCCCUUACAUAAAAUCAGGUAGAUUUGGUUUUACUCAAAGCACGCCGAUUAAUAAAAGUAUUGGUCCCUCUGGGAAAGUGAGAUCACUUUCACUGAUCACCAGAAUGUUUCAGUCUUCAAAGUAAUCACAAUUAAUGUUGUUUAUUCCUGUUCAAUACUUUGUAAUUUUUCUCAACUGCUGCCAGGAGAAAUUGAAAUGUAGUCUUAUAUCCACGGAUUUAUCAGAAAAUAAUUACAAAAAUAUAUAGUUAUGUUCAUAAUAGGCUGGCAUUACGUUUCUGUUUCAGUACAUUGUUCUCAGUUUUAAAUUGUGAUGAAUACUAUCCUCUUAUAUAUAAUGCAAAAAAACUUACAACGUUGUUCCACUAGAGGGCAGUACAAUGUCCUAAAGAGGAAGUGCAAGUCAACAGAAUUAAUUUUGUUUAUGCCUGCUUCCUGCUGCAAGACUUAUACAUUAAUGUUACAGUCAAACCUUGGGGUCAUGCAAACCAGAGGUUACAAAAAGGUGAAAAUUGUAUCUACUGAAAAUGUUGUAUAUAUUAGAUUCUAAUUGCUGUCUAGAACAAAGUUUACUGUCUUGAAAUAGAUUUGCAGUACAGUAUGAUGUUUGUUCUGUGUUUUCUAAGUUUAACUAGAUGCCCACUCAGCUACUGAUCAUUAACUAUAAAGUUAAUAGGACCUUUCUGUAUUUUUUCUGCCUAGACCCAGACUUGAGUCUGAGCCAUAGGUUUCUCAUUGCUAAAGUGAGAUGUAGUCUGUUGUGUUUUCAUUCAGGGAUUUGGCUCACUUGCAGUGCAUUGUGUUGAAGAUCUUUAUUUUCCAUUUUCUUUAAUUUCUUGGACUUUGUUCAGAAAAAUACAGCACAAUUGUGUACAUUUA